CAUUAGCUGUCACUCUCUACGUGCAAAUAUUAUAAGAACAGAGGUAAGACUUGAGAGUACUAUAUAUAUUGCUUUCUGUGUGUUGAAAGUUGAAACCUGACUAUCAUCUGGACACUUUAAUGGGACUCUUUAGCAAGAAAGGGCCUUCUGGGUUUUCUUCAACUUCCACAGCAGAGGAAGUUACACAAGGGAUUGAUGCAACUGGUCUUACUGUCAUUGUUACAGGAGCCUCUAGUGGUAUUGGCAUGGAGACAAUGCGUGUUCUUGUGUUGCGUGGUUCUCAUGUGGUCAUGGCAGUGAGGAACAAGGAUGCUGGGACAAAUGUCAAAGAAGCACUUCUCAAAGAAAUUCCGGAUGCUAAAAUUGAUGUUAUGGAGUUAGACCUCAGUUCAUUGGCAUCUGUAAGAAAGUUUGCAGAAGAUUACAUUGCCUUGGGUCUCCCAUUGAAUAUUCUUAUUAACAAUGCAGGGGUUAUGGCAAGCCCAUUCAAGCUUUCUCAAGACAACAUUGAACUCCAGUUUGCAACUAACCAUUUAGGUCAUUUUCUUCUGACAGAUCUUCUGUUGGAUACCAUGAAAAGCACCUCAAGAGAAAGCAACAUUGAGGGGAGAAUUGUUAACUUAUCAUCACUCGGCCAUCAAUACAGCUACCGUGAAGGAAUUCGUUUUGAUGCAAUUAAUGAUGAAUCAAAAUACAGCAAAUACUAUGCUUAUGGACAAUCCAAGCUUGCAAACAUACUGCAUGCUAAAGAGCUUAACAGGCGUCUCAAGGAAGAAGGAGUCGAGAUAACUGCUAAUGCUGUUCACCCUGGAGCAAUUCUCACCAAUCUUAUGCGCUAUGAUAACUUUUUACAUUCUGUUAUGAAGGUGCUGCGUCCAUUUAUCACUAAAUCUAUUCCCCAGGGAGCAGCGACCACAUGCUUUGUGGCACUGAAUCCACAAGUCAAGGGAGUAAGUGGCGAAUACUUUGUGGACUGUAAUGUUGCCAAGCCGAGCUCUCAGGCAAAAGAUGCAGAUUUAGCUACCAAACUCUGGGAUUUCAGCUUGACCUUGACCAAUGUCAAGUAGUAGUGAAGGUUUUCAUCUUUGAUGGGUGUAGCUGGCUCCUUUUCUGCACUGUUUGUUAUGAAAUCAAAUUGCCAAACCACAUUUGUACCGUACUUGUAAUUUAUUACCAGUUGGCCGUCAAACAAUGUGUCCUAGUUAAUGACACAGCUCCAUAUAUAAGAGCAACAUCACAAAUUUCAUUGCUUAUAUUAUAUAUUCCAAAUGUGUUCCAUUUACGGAACGUCUAGGCUUAUUUACAUUA